AUUAUAUUUUUCCCUUAUUGCAGAACUACUGCAUGUAUACAGUGACUGAAAGGACUCAAUUCACUGCAACUGCUGCCUGGCUUUACUUACAACUUUCUUUAAAGGGGGACUUACCUUCUAUCACUCUUGCUAAGGUGACGGUUCUCCAGUGACCCCACCUCACCUGAAGCUGGGCAGAAUGAAACCCAAUCUUGGGUAAGAGACCUGUUUGAUUGGAGGUGCUACUGUGAAAAACAUAAUUUGAUGGCUUCUUCCUUGCUGUUUCCUUUCAUCCUUUCCUUAAAGCAUUCCUGAUGAAGUUGAGUUGAAGGUGAAUGAAAGUGGUAUCUCCAUCUGAAAGGAAUGCUUAAAAAUAGAGUGCUGUCUUUUUGUUGAGGGUCUUUAUGGCAGAAUGAUGAAUUCCAUCUUUUCCAAAAUGGUAUGAAGAUGAAUAAUGCAGACCACUGGUUUCGAUGAUGCUGGGCUUUUAUAACUGGAUUCAUUAAGGAAUACAAAGAGAAUUCUUACAGGGAUCAAUAAUGGUGUCUUCUGGCUGCAGAAUGCAAAGUUUUUGGUUUCUGCUCAUUAUCAGCUUCCUGCAGUGUACUGAAGGUUUCAGCCGAGCAGCACUACCCUUUGGUUUGGUGAGGAGGGAGCUCUCCUGCGAAGGCUACUCCAUCGACCUGCGGUGUCCGGGCAGCGAUGUCAUCAUGAUAGAAAGCGCCAACUACGGACGGACAGACGACAAGAUCUGUGAUGCUGACCCUUUCCAGAUGGAGAACACGGAAUGCUUCCUUCCAGACGCCUACAAAAUUAUGACACAAAGGUGCAACAACCGAACACAGUGUAUAGUAGUUACUGGGUCAGAUGUGUUUCCUGAUCCUUGUCCUGGAACAUACAAAUAUCUAGAAGUUCAGUAUGAAUGCGUUCCUUACAUUUUUGUUUGCCCGGGGACGUUGAAAGCAAUUGUGGACUCACCGUAUUUAUAUGAAGCUGAACAAAAAGCAGGUGCUUGGUGCAAAGAUCCUCUCCAGGCUGCAGAUAAAAUAUACUUCAUGCCAUGGACUCCGUAUCGCACGGAUACUUUGAUAGAAUAUGCUUCUUUAGAGGACUUCCAGAACGGACGCCAGCAGACGACGUACAAACUCCCAAACCGAGUGGAUGGUACUGGAUUUGUAGUGUAUGACGGAGCUGUCUUUUUCAACAAGGAAAGAACUCGGAACAUAGUAAAAUUUGACUUGAGGACUAGAAUUAAGAGCGGGGAGGCCAUAAUCAAUUAUGCUAAUUACCAUGACACCUCUCCCUACCGAUGGGGAGGAAAGACUGAUAUUGACUUGGCAGUUGAUGAAAACGGCUUGUGGGUAAUUUAUGCUACGGAACAAAACAAUGGGAUGAUAGUAAUCAGCCAGCUGAACCCCUACACUCUGCGCUUCGAAGCCACCUGGGAAACGACCUACGACAAGCGGGCAGCAUCCAAUGCUUUCAUGAUAUGCGGUGUCCUGUACGUGGUGCGGUCGGUGUACCAGGACAACGAGAGCGAGACCGGCAGGAACGCCAUCGAUUACAUCUACAACACCAGGCUAAGCAGAGGCGAGCACGUGGACAUUCCUUUUCCCAACCAGUACCAGUACAUCGCCGCAGUGGAUUACAACCCCAGAGACAACCAGCUGUAUGUGUGGAAUAACAACUUCAUUCUGCGAUACUCCUUGGAGUUUGGCCCGCCUGAUCCUGCCCAAGUGCCUACUACAGCAGUGACAAUAACUUCUUCAGCAGAGCUUUACAAAACCACAGUGUCAACCACUAGCACUACGUCACAGAGAGGUCCCAUAAGCACAACAUCAGCUGGAGGAACAAAGGAAGGAAGCAGAGGACCCAAACCACCGCCCCCCAUUUCCACAACCAGAAUUCCUCCCGUGACAAGUUUUUUCCCUUUGCCAGAGAGAUUCUGUGAACCGACUGAGGCCAGGGGGAUUAGCUGGCCUCAAACACAAAGAGGAAUGAUGGUUGAACGCCCUUGCCCCAAAGGAACACGAGGAACUGCCUCGUAUCUCUGCGUGGUCUUAACGGGAAUGUGGAACCCCAAAGGCCCUGAUCUUAGCAACUGCACCUCACACUGGGUAAAUCAGCUGGCUCAGAAGAUCAGAAGUGGAGAAAAUGCUGCUAGUCUGGCCAAUGAACUGGCUAAACACACCAAAGGACCUGUCUUUGCUGGUGAUGUUAGUUCAUCAGUGAGGCUGAUGGAACAGCUCGUGGACAUUUUGGAUGCUCAGCUCCAGGAACUACGGCCCAGUGAAAAAGACUCUGCUGGAAGGAGUUAUAACAAGCUCCAAAAACGAGAGAAGACGUGCAGGGCUUACCUUAAGGCAGUUGUGGAUACAGUGGACAACUUGCUCAGGCCUGAAGCUCUGGAGUCCUGGAAGGACAUGAAUUCUUCAGAACAAGCCCACGCAGCCACAAUGUUACUUGAUACAUUAGAAGAAGGGGCUUUUGUCUUGGCUGAUAACCUUGUAGAACCAAGUAGAGUCUCAAUGCCCACAGAAAAUAUUGUUUUGGAUGUUGCAGUGCUUUCUACUGAGGGCCAAGUGCAAGACUUGCGAUUUCCUCAGGCUGGUAAAGGAGGCAACUGGAUUCAGCUCUCUGCACGAACCAUGAAACAGAACAGCAGGAACGGACUAGCCAAACUGGUUUUCAUUAUUUACAAAAGUUUGGGUCGUUUCCUCAGUACCGAAAAUGCAACCAUCAAGCUGGGCAGUGACUUGGCGGGGCAGAACAGCACGAUUGCCGUCAACUCCCACGUCAUCGCAGCCUCCAUCAACAAGGAGUCCAGCCGGGUGUACCUGACUGAUCCCGUGCACUUCACCCUGGAACACAUCGAUCCUGACAAUUAUUUCAAUGCAAAUUGUUCCUUCUGGAACUACUCAGAGAGGACUAUGAUGGGAUACUGGUCAACUCAAGGCUGCAAACUGAUUGACACAAAUAAAACUCAUACAACGUGUGCUUGCAGUCACCUUACCAACUUUGCAAUUCUUAUGGCUCGUCGGGAAAUUGUGUACAAAGAUGGAGUGCACGAAUUGCUCCUCACUGUCAUCACCUGGGUGGGAAUUGUCAUCUCUCUUGUUUGCCUGGCCAUCUGCAUCUUCACAUUCUGUUUUUUCCGUGGCCUGCAAAGUGAUCGUAACACUAUUCACAAGAACCUUUGUAUCAACCUAUUCAUUGCUGAGUUCAUUUUCCUAAUAGGCAUCGAUAAGACAGAGUACAAGAUUGCAUGUCCAGUUUUUGCAGGUCUCUUACACUUUUUCUUCCUGGCAGCCUUUGCCUGGAUGUGUCUAGAAGGAGUGCAGCUUUAUCUAAUGUUAGUAGAAGUAUUUGAAAGUGAAUAUUCUAGAAAGAAGUACUAUUAUGUUGCUGGCUACCUCUUCCCUGCUACAGUAGUUGGUGUCUCAGCAGCUAUUGACUAUAAGAGCUACGGAACAGAGAAAGCUUGCUGGCUACACGUAGAUAACUACUUUAUCUGGAGUUUCAUUGGACCUGUUACUUUUAUUAUUCUGCUGAAUCUUAUCUUCCUGGUGAUCACAUUGUGCAAAAUGGUGAAGCACUCAAACACUUUGAAACCAGACUCUAGCAGGUUGGAAAACAUUAAAUCCUGGGUCCUGGGUGCAUUUGCUCUCCUGUGUCUCCUUGGCCUAACAUGGUCAUUUGGUCUGCUGUUUAUAAAUGAGGGCACCGUUGUGAUGACAUAUCUCUUCACAGUAUUUAAUGCUUUCCAAGGAAUGUUUAUUUUCAUCUUUCAUUGUGCCCUUCAAAAGAAAGUACGUAAGGAAUAUGGGAAAUGCUUCCGACAUUCCUACUGCUGUGGAGGACUUCCAACUGAGAGUCCCCACAGUUCAGUGAAGGCAUCAACCACCAGAACCAGUGCUCGCUAUUCCUCUGGCACUCAGAGUCGGAUAAGGAGGAUGUGGAACGACACUGUGAGAAAACAAUCAGAAUCGUCUUUUAUCUCAGGUGACAUCAACAGCACUUCAACACUUAAUCAAGGAAUGACUGGCAAUUACCUACUAACAAACCCUCUUCUUCGACCACACGGCACUAACAACCCCUAUAACACAUUGCUCGCAGAAACUGUUGUAUGUAAUGCCCCUUCAGCUCCUGUGUUUAACUCACCAGGACAUUCACUGAACAAUGCCAGGGAUACAAGUGCCAUGGAUACUCUACCGCUAAAUGGUAAUUUCAACAACAGCUACUCGUUGCGCAACGGAGAUUAUAACGACAGCGUGCAAGUCGUAGACUGUGGACUAAGCCUGAAUGAUACAGCUUUUGAGAAAAUGAUCAUUUCAGAGUUAGUGCACAACAACCUGCGGGGCAGCAGCAAGAACCACAACCUGGAGCGGGCGCUGCCAGCCAAGGCUGUGAUCGGCGGGAGCAGUAGCGAAGAUGACGCCAUCGUGGCAGACGCCUCAUCUUUGAUGCACAGUGACGCCCCCGGGCUGGAGCUCCACCACAAAGAGCUGGAGGCCCCGCUCAUCCCUCAGCGGACUCACUCCCUUCUGUACCAGCCCCAGAAGAAAGUGAAGACCGAGGGAACUGACAGCUACGUCUCACAGCUGACAGCCGAGGCCGACGACCACCUCCAGUCCCCCAACAGAGACUCUCUUUACACGAGCAUGCCCAACCUCAGAGACUCUCCCUACCCAGAGAGCAGCCCCGACGUUGAAGAAGACCUCUCUCCUUCCAGGAGGAGUGAAAAUGAGGACAUUUACUACAAGAGCAUGCCAAACCUAGGAGCUGGCCAUCAGCUUCAGAUGUACUAUCAAAUCAGCAGGGGUAAUAGCGACGGCUAUAUCAUUCCCAUUAACAAAGAAGGAUGUAUUCCAGAAGGAGAUGUUAGAGAAGGACAAAUGCAACUGGUGACAAGCCUUUAAUAGUGUAGCAAAGAAAUAUUAAAGGUCACGUUCAAGUAUUAAAAAGACUUAAUUGGCCCUGUGAAGGCUCCCUCAUAUCCGCUCGAAGAGACAAUUCUGUUGACCCUGUGGUUCUCCAGUAACAGGGAUGACUGGACCUCGCAGUUCUGUGAAUUUUUAUAAAACAAAAACUUUGUAUAUACACAGAGUAUACUAAAAUGAAUUAUUUGUUACAAAGAAAAGAAAUACCAACAAGGUAUUUACGAUAUCUUCUGCUGCUGAAUUUAACAAAAUUGUGGAAAAAAAGAGAAAUAAACACUUUCCAGCCAUUUUACUGCAGCAGUUUGUGAACUAAAUUUGUAAAUAUGGCUGCACCAUUUUUUUUCCUAGGCCUACAUUGUAUUAUAUACAAGGCGUAGGCUUUAAAAUCCUGUGGGACAAAUUUACUGUACCUUACUGUUCCUGACAAGACUUGCAAAAGCAGGAGAGAUAUUCUGCAUCAAUUUGCAGUUCACUGCAAAUCUUUUCCAUUAGGGCAAAGAUUGAAUACAUGUCUAACCACUAGCAAUCAAGCCACAGGCCUUAUUUCAUAUAUUUCCUCAACUGUACAAUGAACCGUUCUCAUGAAAAAAUGGCUAAAGAAAUUAUAUUUUGUUCUAUUGCUAGGGUAAAAUAAAUACAUUUGUGUCCAACUGAAAUAUAAUUGUCAUUAAAAAAUAAUUUUAAAGAGUUUGAAGAAAAUAUUGUGAAAAGCUCUUGGUUGCACAUAUGUUAUAAGCUGUUUUUCUUACACUGUUCAUAGUACGAUAGUUUGUUUAAAAUGCAAGUUCUACCUGUUUUCACUUAUUUUUUCACUGUAAACAGUGUUCUGCUUUGACAAGUUAGUUUUUAUUCUUAAGUUUUGAAUUUUUAUUGCCAAAAAAAAAACCAUAAUUGGGGAGAAAGUUGUUUUAGAAGCCAAUUAUGCCAAGCCUUGCACAAAUUUGGUGUAGCUAACAAAGAUUGUAACUCAAUUCCCUGUUCAUUCUUUAAUCAGGGUUGGGUGGUAAGGGGUAAAGGGGACACUGGACACUUAUCACAAGCUUUCUCGUGAAUAAAAGGUGCCUGUCCUUUAAAAAAAAAUAAAUAAAACAUAACUAUAACUCUUCCAUAUUCCUUCUGCCUAUAUUUAGUAAUUAAUUUAUUUUAUGAUAAAAAAAUCAAAUGAAAUGUAAAUGGUUUCAACAAAAUUCUGCUUUUUUCAUCCCUUUGUGUAAACCUGUAAUAACGAGCCCAUCACUAAUACCCAGUGUAAAGUUUAACACCUGUUUGACAGUAAAUAAAUGUGAAUUUUUUUUCCAAAUAGGUAAAAUGUGCAUUAUUAUGUACGAAGCAUAAUUGGCAUCAGCAGUCCUUCAACCCAGAUGUGUCCUGCCUAGAAUGGCAUCUUUGCAUUUCAUGAUUUAAGUGUCAAGAAUUCAACAGAAACAGUCUAUAGCUCUACAGAAGACAGGUCAUCUUUACUAUUCCUUUGUCAUGAUUGAAUAGGAUCAAACCCAGAUAUAGCAGGGUCAUUAGGAAAAUGUACUGUAAAGUCAUAUAUUUGCAUAACUUUUUAGUAGGCAUCUGCACUGAAAUUAAAAAUUAGGUGGUUAACACCACUCUCAUGUUCUUGGCAACAGUAAUUAGCAGUUAAUUAUUAGUGAUGAAGAUACAUUGUUGCAGUGGGGAAAACACAAAUAAGCAGCAUUUGGCUAGCACUCUGAGUGCUAUCUAAAUAAUUCAUCCAUCAUGGCACUGGUUUGUGUUAGAUAAAUAAGCAUGACUGUCCCUCUUUUUAUCAAGCUAGAGAGCUGCAGAAAGCAGCUGAUGCCCAAGAUGUUAUCCACAAAUCAGUAGCUAAAUUGGAAGUCUGAAAUCUUUGUUGUGUUGAUUCCGAAGCCUCUUCUGUUCCUCUCACCCAGGGCCUUUCAAAGGCAGCAUCAAGGACUGCAUUUGUCACUACUUCCUAAACUGCGUUCUUUCAAAUACCUCUCAAAUUAAGGCCCCAUCGUCACAGAGGCCACAGUUUCACAUGUGGCCACUAUGACUUCCUGUAUGACAGCAGCAAAAAUUCACUUGAAAGUUGUAUCAUUACCUUCUGAUGCAUUGGAACAUAUAAAGUCCUUUUGGAAAAUAAGUCAAUGCAUUUUUAAGAAGUUUGGAUUUCAGAAGAAUGUUUUGGGCUAGGCUUCCCACUGUUGAGAAGGUUCAAGCUCUAUAAAACUAAAAUCCAGGCUGAGAUGGAGCUGUGGGGUUCAGGUAACCUCAAUAUAUCUAUUCAGGACUGUGACACUGUAGCAAUUGUUCAUAAAUAAAAAAGCAUCUCCACCAUCAGCCACUGGUAACUCUUGCCAGUAAGUUCCUUAAUACUUAAAAGUUACUGUGUUUGCAGUAGAGUCACUGAAACAUAGAAAAUUUAAUCAAAACACACUACAACAAGAAGGGGUUUACUUCUUUAGUAGAGAUGCUUUAAAAAUAAGAAGUCUCUAUGAAACAGGACUUAGUUCUUAGAAUUUGCUGAUUCAGAGUACACAGCAGACUCCGUGGAGAAACAUUUAUUCCCUUAGUCUGUCUGGCAAAAGCAUACUUGCUGCCUUCUACCUAGGAAAUCAUGUUCUUAAGGAUUUCAAAAUUGUAGUCAAGUAAUUACAGUACACAUGACCUAAUAACAUCACCAACUUUCUGGAGAAUCUUCAACCCUAUUUCAAGCAAUUACUCCUUUGUGUCAAACUAAAGGUGGCAAAACUACAUAUUGGAGAAAGGUUUGUAGCAUUGUGAUCUUAAAUACAUAUUCAACUACAAAUGUAACAAGUAUUCAUAAAACAAGAAAAUGUAGCUGAUUAACCUAAGAUGAACCAGCUCAACCUAAGCAUCAUAAGGGAAUUCUUUUGUUAG